AUGGCCGAUCAGGCUGCCGCUCCGGCUCCUGCAGCCUCGCCCAAGCCCGACGAGGCCUCGGCGCCUGCUGUCGAGGUGAAGGCUACCACCGCUGACGCGACCACUGAUGGCGCGGCAGCCGCCCCCAUAGAUGAUACCAAGCCUGAGACUACUUCAGACUCUCAUCCUGCCGCCGAGGAACCCGCUGCUACCAGCGUCGGAGAACCGGCUACAUCGGAGAAGGACGGUGACAACGCUGAAGAAAAGGACACAGGGACUGAGGCUGGCAACGAUGCCAACGGUGUACCGAAAUCGAAUGGCAGGCGCAAGUCCACCAGUGGUGAGAAGGGCGGAAAAAAACAGCUCAAGAGCAAGAAGUCUAUGGCCAAUCUCAAUCUCGACGUGACGCCUGGUACCUACUGGUGGGCUAGGAUGAAGGGCUACGCUGCUUGGCCCGUGAUCAUUUGCGAUGAGGCUAUGCUUCCUGAAUCCCUGCUUACCAAGCGACCCGUCAGCGCAAUCCGGCCCGAUGGAACCUACCGCGAAGACUUCGCGGACAAUGGUAAGAAUGUCCGUGACCGUAGGUAUCCAGUCAUGUUUCUGGGCACCAACGAAUUUGCAUGGCAAGUCAAUACUGAGCUCACCCGUCUCGAUCUCGAGGACGUCAAAAGAGCUGUCGACAACAACGACCAGGGCAAGAAGGCGAAGAACCUUUGGGAAGCCUGGAAGGUCGCGUCUGAAGGCCACACCCUUGAGUAUUUCAAGCAGCUUCUGAUGGAUCACGAAAAAGCAAUGGCCGAAGAUGCACAAGAGCGUGCCGCUAAGGAAGCGGAAAAGGCUGAAAAGGCUGCCAAGAAGGCCAGGAGAAAGAGCAAGGGUGGCGAUGAUGAUGUAGAGAUGGAGGAUGCAGCCGGUAGCUCUGACUCCGCAAGCAAGAAGAGUGCUAAAAAGAGAAAGAAUGAUGCUGAGGGUAACGACGAGAAGCCCGCAAAGACUCCCAAGACCAAGCUCAAGGUCAACGGUCCCAAGACGCCGGCAGAGUCUUCGGCCACGAAGACGAAGAAGACACCAGCUUCGAAGGCGAAGAACUCUAAGAAGGUUGAGGAGUCAGCCACGCCCAAGGUAGUCGAGGAAGAGCUCACCCCUGAGCAGAAAUUUGAGAAGCGCUCCAAAGCCAUCCUUUAUCUCCGCCAUCGUCUUCAAAAGGGAUUCCUGACCCGCGAUCAGACCCCCAAGGAGGAAGAGAUGCAGCAGAUGGCUGAGUAUUUCACUCAGCUUGAGUCGCACCAGGAUCUUGAAGAGAAAAUCAUUAAAGAUACCAAGAUCAACAAGGUCCUGAAGGCCAUUAUCAAACUGGAUUCUAUCCCCAAGGAGGAGGUAUACAACUUCAAGAAGCGUUCUGCUGACCUGCUCAACGCCUGGGGAAAGAAUGCGAGCGGAGACGCGAAGCCUAAUGGUGUUGAGGCCAAGGAAGAUACCGCCGAGGCCAAGUCGGAUAAAGCCACCACUGAGGAGCCAAAGACUGAGGGGCCUAAAACGGAAGAGCCUAAGCCAGAAGAGCCUAAGGCUGAACCGAGGGCCGAGGAGGCAUCGAAGGACGUUGAGAUGAAGGAUGCUGAGGAUACUCCUGCUGAGACCAAAGCUGAGGAGACCAAGGCUGAUGAGCCUAAGGUUGAGGAUGCUAAAGCCGCCGAACCAGGUGAUGUCGCCAUGGAGGACGCCAAGGACCCGGAAAAGCCUGCAGCCGCAACUACUGAGGUUGCGAAGGAAGGUGACAAGGUUGAAGAGAAGUCUGCUGAGGCAACCGCUGCCUCUUAA